AUGGCUUGAGUGAAGAUGGAAGAAGAACCUGCGGCCGGCCCUGCACAGGCUGCACCCGCGGCAGCCUGCAGCCACCAACAGGAUCAAUACCUAGACGCUUGAUGGUUGGUUGGUUGGGAUCGCUGGGUCCCUGACUCUUCUCCCCCGCAGUGUAUACCGUCAUACCCUAGCUAGUCAACUCCCUAUAGAAACCCGCUAAGAAUAAAUUGGAAGAAAGAAUUACCAGGCAGCGAUUAUGAUCUUGCGUAUACUGGAUAUAGUCCUUGCGGUAGGGUACUAUAGGGGUCCGUUGUGCCUGACCUGGCCUGCCCUGCCCGAGCCACAGUUCGUAUCGCAGCCACAGCCUCGUGGUGUGGCGCUUGGGGGAUGGGACUCUGGCCAAUCACCGAUGGGGUUGGAGGGUUGUUGGAUUGACGGGUUGUAUGUGUGGGUAAAUUGUAAGCAGCAUGUUGGUUGCAUGCCGGAUCGGUCCGGUGCAUACUACGACUUGUUCUUGCGGCUUUGGGUUGUUUGUGGGCUGUGGAUGGUGGUGGUGGAGAUGGAUGGCGGGAGGAUGAGGUGGUUAUGGGAGGGAGGGGAUGGCGCAGUCGCUGAGCCACGAUCCUUCCAUACUCACUAGUCUAAGGGUGAUGACGGAUGAUUGGAUUUUCUGCGA